CUUGCCACUAAAAACUAUGUUCAAUUCUUAGAUUGAGUCUGUUUUUAGUCCGGGUGAGGGUUGGCUCGAUUUCACGAAUAAGAGACGGGCGCACGGCCAGUGCCAUACGGCGGGGGAGAUCUCCAAACAUUCCUUUGUGUUACAGUUCGAGCAACUUUUCUGUCCCUCUUCUUCAAAACUGACUAGUACCUAAACCUUCCAUCUCUUACCAGAAAGAAAAGUGAUUCAAUCUAUAAUUCAUGGGGUUCAGAUUCUCAGAUUUGAAUACCAUUUACAAGCCAUACCUCUCAAGAAUUUAUUCAACAACUCAUAAAAAAUCGAUCAUUGCCCAAUCUUUAACUACCCAAUUGCAAGAAAUUAAUCACUCCUCCAAUAAUUAUAAUAUCAUAACAAACCCACCACAUUACAACAAUUUCAAGCGCUGGCAUUUUGGUCAUUCACAUCAUCACCAUCACCAUCACCAUCAUGGCCCACAUAAAGGGUCUAACAAGGAGAGUGAGAACAUAUUUAAGCUGGGACUUGCUGCUGAUAUUGGCUUGACUGCCGGUAAAGCCCUCACAGGUUACUUAUCUGGUAGCACUGCCAUCAUUGCUGAUGCUGCUCAUUCUCUCUCUGACGUGGUUCUCAGCAGUGUUGCUUUACUCUCAUUUAAAGCUGCGAGAGUACCCAGAGAUAAAGAACACCCAUAUGGACAUGGUAAAUUUGAGACACUUGGAGCACUAGGAAUCUCUGGCAUGCUCCUUGUAACUGCAGGAGGUAUUGCAUGGCAUGCUGCUGAUAUUUUGCUGGGUUGGUUUACAGCAGCCCCUGAAGUGGUUAGUCAUUCCUUAACGCAUGAGCAUGGCCAUCAUAAUGGGCAUUCCCAUAAGAUUGAUAUGGAGCACCCACUUUUAGCAUUAAAUAUGGCCAUUCUAUCUAUUGCUGUAAAAGAAGGCCUUUUUUGGAUAACGAAGAGAGCUGGGGAAAAAGAAGGGAGUGGGCUCAUGAAAGCAAAUGCAUGGCAUCACAGGGCUGAUGCUAUCUCUUCUCUAGUUGCUCUUAUUGGGGUAGGAGGAUCCAUUCUUGGUGUAAAGUUUCUUGAUCCGCUUGCUGGAAUAUUUGUAUCAGGCAUGAUUCUAAAAGCAGGUCUCGAUACUGGUUACCAGAGUAUCGUGGAGCUGGUAGAUGCCGCGGUUCCUCAACAGCAAUUGGAUCCUCAUCGAGAAACAAUUCUACAGGUCGAAGGAGUGAAGGGGUGUCACCGCCUGAGGGGAAGGAGGGCUGGCUCAUUUUUGCACCUUGACUCACACAUAGAGGUUGAUCCUUUUACUAGUGUCAGUGCUGCUCACCAUAUUGGUGAAAAUGUUAGGCAUCGAAUUCACGAGUCUCAUCCUGAGGUGGCUGAAGUCUUUAUACACAUAGAUCCUGCUAUUUCUCAAAUUAUACAAGAAAGUGAUUUGAAGGACAACUUGGAUGGAUCAGAUGAGAAUAAAGACAGCAUCCCCUUAAAAGAUAGAGACUUUAAUCAUAUCAUCUCUGGUAUAUUCUCAUCACUGUUUUCAAAGAAAAUGAAGGUAGAACACAUAACGCCUCACUUGUUACAAAAUAAGAUUAUGCUCGAUGUUGAGGUCUCCUUGCCACCUGACAUCAUGAUCAGAGAUGCAAUGCUGAUGGCAGAAGAGCUGAAGAAGGAGAUCCUUGGAACAGUCUCUGAUGUCAUUCAAGUUCAUGUUCAGCUACGACUGUCGCCACCUAACCAUACAACUCCGUCAUAAAUUGUCCCUCCGCCUGCUUGAUGUAGAUAGGUAUAUAAACAUAUAUCACUAGUAAAUGUCUUGGAGGAUUUGAAGACAGGUGAGAGGAAUAAGGCAGGGAUAUAUCAAUACUCACCAUAGCAUCUUUACCAGGAAAAGAUAGGUCAAUGGUUACAUCAAUGUUAAUUUAUUUCUCUGGAUCGCAUCCAAUAAUGUGAUUCUUGUUUGUAAGAUGCACCUUUUUUGGAGGUAUAAAUAUUGCAUCUUUUAGGACAUACAAGUGACGAUGAGGUGUGACUGAUGUAUCUACUCUUGUCAAAGACAUAAAUUUGUUGCUAGAGCGGUUCUGGCGUAUUGUAGGCGUGUUUUUUUUU